CAUAAGUCCCUCCCUACAACUCAUGAAUUAAGAAUUCUCACAAGGACAUGGUCUACUCAACAUGGAUUAGGCGUGAAUGAAACCUUUCACAAAAAUCUCACAAAAUUUCAUACUAAAGAAAUUAUUCUUCAAUUGGAUAAAUUCACUUAUUCCACACAAUUCUUCUGGUCAUGCCUUAUCCUCUUCACUUUUUAUAUUCCCCUAUGCAAUGAUGGAGAUGAUGUUCCCCUAUGCAAUGAUGGAGAUGACGUACUUGGGAUCAACAGAAUUCUCAAACUACGAAACCAACUGGUUGCACACCAACAAAGGGGGAACAAAAUCCGGAGCAACGACCCCAAGAGUUUUGAAGAUAUCUCGAGAAAUGGUUGUAGCACCGGUGUAUCCUAUAUGUACUCUAGUUUAUUCGAAGUAUCCCAAUACUGUAACGUCGUCGACUUAUUUGGAAAAUGGAGGAAAACCACUUUGAUCUCUUGUUUCGGAGAAAUAAGUGGCACACGAGAAAGAAACAUUCUAUAUCUGAUCUUGAAGUCCUCAUAUAACACUUCUUCAAGUCCUAGAUGGGGGGGAUCACCAGUCGAGAGGGACAACAAAAAAACCCUAAGCCUUUCGACUCACUCUCGUAUGGCUCGCCCUCGAGCCCUGGGCAGGUCAGCUGGGUCUUUCCCUGCUGUUUUGUUCCCACCGCGAUAAAGAUGCACGUAAUAGGUAUGCCCAACGCAAGGAGGAUCUGUGGAGAGUGUCCGUUGUCUUGGUAGGGCGAACGUGAAAGGACUACCGCUAUCAGACUAAGGCUACCGACGAACCCGACUAUGGGCUUGGACGGGGGCAAUCCACUACUAUAGCUAGCUAAGGCGACUACCCUAUAUACCUAAAGCCAGUCAUUCGGGUCACUAUAGUUGUGUCUAAGUCUACUACCUAUGAUACCUUUUUAUAUCACGGGCUAUAUGAAACUGGCUUAAUUAGCGUGUAUGAACAAGGAAGGGGUGACUUUACUUUCUCAUCAUUUGAUUCAUUAUCAAUGUGAACGCCUUGAGGGAAGUUUCUUAACAUGGAGCCUUAGGAACAAAAAAGUAUAUCUCCUGGAUUUGAUGUUCUACAAUGCACCCAUCCUAUCCCCUUCCUUUACCGCCCGCCUAAGUUUGCGAACCAUGCAUGAUCCUACUGUAUGAACACACGCUUCCUUGCCACAAUGCUUACUUAUUUCCUAUGACCCCAGCAGCCCAUGGCUGGGGUCCCCUCCCAUUGCUCUAGCCAUAAGCUACACUGGGCCUGCCCUGGAGGCCAAGUGGGCUCAGCAGUCAGCCACCCUCUUCAUUUCAUUCGAAUUUUGCAACGGAAUAUGUUGGAAUUGCUUUUUCCCGAUGAAAUAGUGACAAACUAAACCUUCUAUUCAGUUUUCAUUCUUUGACUUAUUUCUCACCGCGUCUACAUCUUAUCCCCCAAGAUUUCAAGGUAUGAUCCUAAUUAUCCUGGAGGGUCACUGGACCGAAGAAGCAAGAAGACUCUUCUUGAUGGCUCAUUGCCGGAUCUGGAGGAAUGGGAAGUUGUCUAAAGCAGCUCCUCCAUUGCAUAGACUCAACCUACGAUGCUUGAAAGAGAACUGGUGUAGAUAGAGGAACCGGUUGUUUCUCCCCACUUCCGAUCCCUCGAUUGAAUCCAUAUUGAAUAGAGGGGCCACGAAAUCCCAGUGUCUUCUCGGCUUCUUUCUGUCGAGACAUCUUCAGUCAAGGCCUCCCCAGCCAACCCCCUUAAAGAACUAGUGAAGCGAUCAAUGUCCCUUCCUCCGCUCCUCCCCUUACUGAAGUGGAAUUGAUAAAGAAAUGUUGGAUUGCAAUGUCAGAGGGUUGAGCUUUUAAUUCAUGGCAUGAACAAUUCAUAGGCGCGGCGGGAUGACAGGCCACUAUAAAGAAGCAAAAGUCAGAAAGGUAGCUGAAACCACUAGUUAGAAGGAACUACUUAAGGCAAGCCGCUUCGUUGUCCAAGCUAUUGCUGUUAUUCGCUACGCUUGGUUCUAUUAGAGCUAGCAAGCAAAGCAAAUAGAAGCUUACCAACCUAGCCUAUCUUGCUAUGCCAAGCUUACCAAGCUAACCAAGCCAAGCCUAUAUGAUCACAAAAAACAGAAGAAAAAAAAAAUGCUCGUAAUUCAUGAACUAAAAAAUUAAUAAGUAAAACUUAAAAAUAAGAUUAAUAUAUAUAUGGGGGAGUGAUUUCAUGCAACAACUUUAUAGUAAUAUAAUGAAACAAUCUUCAAUAAUCAUGCUAGGGCCAUUCGUUUGAUCUUAGUUGUUAAACAUAUACUCCUUCCAUUUUCAUGAACAAUCAAAAACUAAAGUAUGCUCGUAAUUCAUGAACUAAAAAAUUAAUAAGUAAAACUCAAAAAUAAUAUUAAUAUAUAUAUGGGGAGUGAUUUCAUGCAAUUCUUUUAUAGUAAUACAAUGAAACAAUCUUCAACAAUCAUGCUAGGGCCAUUCUUUUGAUCGCAGUUGUUUAACAUCUACUCCUUUCAUUUUCAUGAACAAUCACAAAAAAACAAACUUUGAAAUCACAACCUAAAAAGUAUUUUUUUUUAACCCACUUAAUAUAGGUUGUCCACUUGGUGAGAUGCUUAGAUCUAGGUCUUAGCAUGUUUUUUCGUUUUUCAAAAUUUUUAGAUGCCUUUGUUACCAUUAGAUGAACAACGUUAAAAAACAAAAAAUUGAUUUUGAAUUCCUAAAGGCCUAAAAUUUAAAAUUCAUGAAAUAAAAAGUCUGGAUUCAUUUUUUGAUGCAAUAUAAAAUUACAGGCAAACAUCACCCGGCAAAUUAACUGUCUUAGAGAGAGAAAGAAAAAUCGUGAAGGAAAUCACAAGAAGAAAGAACAAAAACAUGCCGAUACGAGUAUUCUGGCACGGACCACAAACUCAAGAGAAGAAACGACACCCACAUAGGGCCUCUCUCUCUCCAAGAAAACACUUUCUUUAUUAAUCAAAAUUCAAUCUCCAUUACAAUAUGCGUGCUUCCUUUCUUUUAUCAAGGUUUCAAAACACGCUAGGCGGCCUGCCUGGUGCCCAACGCCUAGGCCGGCGCCCAAAACCUCGGGCGCCUCGUAGUUUUAAAAAAGC